AUGCCCCAACAGCUCUUCCUCCUCGUCCUCAUUGCCCUCGCGCUCGUUGCGUCGAUCGGUACUCGCGCGCAGUCGGCUGCUCCCUCCGGUAACCAGUUGAUCAGGUGGUCGACGUCGCCACGGGACCAAGUGACGCGCUCGGAACCGAAGCCGAGCAACCGGUUCCUCCGCGUGACCGGAUCCGCUCCUGUCAGCGCUGCGGUUGUCGAAGGCGAAAAGGUGACGAAACUCGGGCCGCGGAUCAAACAGGCGGUCGGUCGCUGGAAGGCCAAGUUCAAGGAGCGGUCCCCCGUCGGGACGUACCGCACGUACAAAAAGUGGAUCAAGACCGGGUCCAGAGUGCUCGGCUGGUACGUUGCCGUGAAGUUCAAGAUCAUGGAGUUCAUUGCGUGGAUCCGAGAGACGUUCCGCCUAACAGCGGCCAAGAAGAAGUCGUGGCUGGCGAGGAGGCGGAAAAGGGCAAACAAAAAGUGA